CGCAAGAACGUCUACGUGGAGACCUACGGGUGCCAGAUGAACGUCAACGACAGCGAGGUGAUGCUCUCCGUGCUCAAGGACCGCGGGUACGACGAGACCGGGGACAUGCACGACGCCGACGUCAUCCUCGUCAACACCUGCGCCAUCAGGGACAAGGCCGAGGCCAAGAUCUGGCAGAGGCUCGCGUACUUCAAGUCCCUGCGCCGGAAGAAGAAGAAGAGCGAGAAGCCCGUGGUGGGCGUCCUCGGCUGCAUGGCCGAGAGGCUCAAGACCCAGUUGCUCGAGGCUGACCAGCUCGCGGACCUCGUCGCGGGCCCGGACGCGUACAGGGACCUCCCGAACCUCAUCGAGGCGGUCGCGGGCACCGGCGAGAAGGCGAUGAACGUUCAGCUCUCCGUCGAGGAGACCUACGCGGAUAUCAUCCCCGUGCGCAAGGAGGGGGCGCACGCGGCGUUCGUGACCAUCAUGCGCGGGUGCGACAACGCGUGCGCGUUCUGCAUCGUACCGUACACGCGCGGCAGGGAGCGAUCCAGGGACCCGGCGUCCAUCGAGUACGAGGUGAGGCUCCUGUCCGAGCAGGGCGUGAAGGAGGUGACGCUGCUGGGACAAAACGUCAACUCGUACGCGUACCAGGAGGGGGAGACGGACUUUUUGUCCAUGCUCGCCGCCGGCGAGGGCGUGGUGGGUUCUGACGCGGCGGCGCGAAGGCGCGAGGGCGCGGUGCAGUUCGCCGCGCUGCUCGACCGCGUGGCGGCGAUCGACCCGGAGAUGCGCGUGCGGUUCACGUCCCCGCACCCCAAGGAUUUCCCCGACGAGGUCCUGGAGGUGAUCGCUCGCCGACCCAACGUCUGUAACUGCCUGCACAUGCCCGCGCAGAGCGGCUCCACCGCCACUCUCGAGCGCAUGGCCCGCGGGUACACCAGGGAGGCGUACCUCACCCUCAUCGAUAGGGUGAAGGAGAUCAUCCCCGGGUGCGCCAUCACCACGGAUAUCAUCUCGGGUUUUUGCGGCGAGACAGAGGAGGACCACGCGGACACGGUGAGCCUCAUGAAGGCGGUUGGGUACGAGCAGGCGUUCAUGUUCGCCUACUCGGAACGCGACGGCACGUCCGCGGCGCGUCACCAGGAGGACGACGUGCCCGAGGACGUCAAGCAGCGCAGGCUCGCCGAGGUCAUCGACGCGUUCAGGACCACCGCAGCGGAGAGGCAGAAGGAGGAGGUUGGACGGACGCACCUCGUCCUCGUCGAGGGGCCGAGCAAGAAGAACGAACGGGAGCUGACGGGCAAGACGGACAGCGCCAAGUGGGCCGUCUUCGCCGACACCCCAGUCGGCAUCUACGGCGGCGACGAGGACGAGGAGAGGACGGGGGGAGAGAAGGGCGUGGCGACGCCCAGGGCGGGCGAGUACGUCGCCGUUCGCGUCACCGGGUGCUCCACCGGCACGCUCUUCGGGGAGUGCCUCGGGCGAACCACGCUGACGGCGUUC